UGGGUGUUAAGCUGGUAGAAAACCCAGAGGGCUAUUAUUAUAAGAAGUUAAAGCUCCUCUGGCCCCCAGGGCUCUCCUCCUCUAUGCCCUUGGGGAAAGGACUUCCUGUAAGGACUCCAUCUUGCUUGGCAUUGAGAGAGAGUUUGGGGCCUGCUCUCUCUUUGCUUGGCAGCCUUCCUUGAUAUUCUCCAAACCUCCAGCUCCAGACCCACACAUUCUCUUCUAGAGAAGCCUGUGAGGACAGCGGUGACAAAUCUCUGCCUUCAGGUUACCCCAUGGAGAAAGGUGAGAGAGGGCCCAGGCUGACUGUUUUCUACUCUCCUGAGGAAAUGGGUUCUCACAAACUCCUGAUUGCAGAGGACAGUGAUAAACCAAACCCUUUACAAAGAAGAGCACGAAGCUGGAGUUUUUACCGAAGGCGAUACAACUAUUCGUCUGAACGUGUCAUUUCCCAGCAGCAGCAAGAUUCAGGUGAUGUUCCCAUGGACUUCCGAGCAAGAUAUGCUCCCUAUGCUGUUCCAUCCCAUCGUCAGAGAAGCAGUUUUCAGAAACAAGAGCAAAUGCAUAUUAAUAUGGAGACAAAGCAAAAGCCUUCAGAGAGAAGAAUGAAGCGAGACAGACAGAAUGAGACCUUGGGGAGCUGGUUCAAGAUCAUAAUUCCCUUUGGUAUAAAAUAUGAUGAGAAGUGGCUGCUGGAUUUGAUUCAGAAGGAAUGCAGUGUCCCCUUCAUUCCAGUCGAAUUUCACUAUGAGAAAAUGCAGGCCCAGUUCUUUGUAGAGAAUGCCAACAUUGCAGGUGCAUUGAAGAAUGUCAAUGGCAAGAUUUUCAAUGAGGAUAAUGAAAAGAUAUCUGUCUUUGUUGAGCCCUGUGAUGCACCCGAAUCUGUGCAGAAAGCACUGAAGUCUGAAAAGGUGGAGCAGAUGAAGCUUUCGUCCUUGGACCAGAGCAACAAAAAACCCUACGUGGUGCAUAGCCUGUCCACCAUUAUGGAGAAUGCUUCCCACACCAAGAACUUGAAUCUUUCCAACACUGAGGUGAAGUCUGCAGGGGAGAUGGACAAGGGUCAACAGCUGGAACCAGAAGGGAUGUGGGUUGACAGAAAUGCCACGUGCACCACCUCCCCUGAUAAGUCAACCAACAUAAGCACCAUCCUGGAGUUGUUCCCCAGGUUACUAAGCUUGGAUGGCCAGGAGACACCCUCAGGGUCUAAGUGUGCUAUUGAAGCCCCCAAGUGCUUACCAACAUGCAAGGGAAGCUUCUUUGGAUCUGAUGAGCUGAAGAGUCUAAUCCUGCAAUUCCUGCAGCAAUAUUACUUGAUCCAUGACUAUGGGGACCGCCAGGGACUCCUGUGUGCUUAUCAUGAGGAAGCCUGCUUCUCCUUGACCAUUCCAUUCCACUUCAAGGACCCAGGCCCAAGCAGCAUGUGUGCAUACUUCAAGAACAGCAGGAAUAUGAAGACACUCAAGGACCCUGAUCUGCGGUUCCUGCUGCUGAAACACACAAAAUGUGACAUUGUGCAUGCCCUCUGUGGGUUGCCCAAAACUCAGCAUGACUUAAAGUCCUUCAUGGUGGACAUGUGGUUCCAGACGCAAACAAUGCUCUGCUUCUCUGUGAAUGGAGUGUUCAAGGAAGUAGAAGGAAGGUUUCCUGGCUGUGUGCGUGCCUUCACCCGGACCUUCAUCAUUACCCCUGCCACCUCUUCCAGUUUUUGUAUUGUGAAUGAUAAGCUGCUUGUGAGUGACUUCAACCCCAAGAAGACUGAACCUGUGCUCUUCAUCCCAAAGCCUAAACCUGUCAACUCCAUGCCUACCUUCUCCUUGGAGUAACAGGAAAUGGUGCAGGAUUUCUCCAUCCAGUCUGGGAUGAACUUCCAGCAGUCUCAGAAGUGAUGUUGAAGAUUAUAGUGCACGUACAUGCACACAUAUACUCAUUGCCUUGGAAAAUCAUUCAUUGUGUUCAAUUUUGUGGGUAGAUGAAGUUUAAUCAAAAUGUACUUGACAGCAUAUCUGUGUGUGCAUGUUUCUCUUUCUAGGUCUCCUCUAGCCCAAUCACCCCCUUCUCACUAGUGUAAAUUUUUCUUCAGCUCAGACUCCCACUGGAUUCCAAUCUUGGGAUUCAGUAAUCCAGAAAAUGAUAGAUAAGGAAGGAUUGCUUCCAGGUGGUGAAAAAUUCCAGAAAACUCUGAUUGAAGCCAUUAUACCAAGAUCCCAAGUUCCAUCCCUUCUUUCCCCUUGCUGAACACCCUCUUCUGAGGCUCUCGUAGCUGACAUUCUUAUCUGGCCACCUGGUUCCAUCCAUCUUCAUUUUUAAGGAAAAGAAGUACAUUUUGCAAAGAAUAACAGAUGUCUUGGAAUGGCUUGUUUAGUAUGAAUCCAGUUCUGUUUGGAAAAUUCACAGCAAUCCCAUCUGUUGUUGACCCCAAAGCUACAUCACAUUCAUUGGUGUAUCUCUUCCCCCAUCAAUGUAGGUUGACUUGUUCCCCCUGUAGAGGGUCCCUCCCAAGGAGCUGAGUGUUUACGUCCAUCACCCACCUCUGUAUCAGCUGCCCAGUUCUUCUCCCACACCCUGUUCUGCCAUCUCAUGACUGGGACACUGGAUAUAGCUGUCCAGACUUCAGUCUCUGCCCCAUUCCUCUUAGGGCCCCGUGUUUCCCUACGCUGCUGACUGCCGAUACAUUACUGCUACCUGAUGAUUCAUUGCAUGCAGGCUCUGGAGUGUUUUACCAGCUUAUUUAACACCUAUCAGAUUUCUUUUUUCAGACAAUUAAAAUUACUUUAUACUUAGUUCAAUAUGCUGGCUUUUAA